AUGCCGCCAGACGAGGAACACCUCGAUGCCUUAGAUGCCUUGGAUGCAGUGGACUACGAUCCGAUUGAACAUUUGAAUGCCGUUUUCUCCCAUCCUUCCACCCUCUCGUCCGUCUCUCAGAUAUCCGACGCUCUACACCAAUGUGAAGAUGAACUCGACGAUGACAUUGGCACCCUCGUGGAGGAGCAGGUCACCUCCAAUGCCGACAGCGUCGAACGGAUACAGGCGGCCAAAGCCGACCUAUCGGAGCUAUUUAAGAAAAUCGACGACGUCCGGGAACGCGCAUUGAAGACCGAGCAAGCAAUCACCGAUAUGACGGCGGACAUCAAGCAGCUGGAUAAUGCAAAGAAGAACCUGACGCUCUCGAUGACGGCGCUGAAACGAUUGCAAAUGCUGACUACGGCAUACGAUCAGCUCCAGGCGCUCAGCCGGACGCGACAAUACGGAGAUUGUGCCCAGCUUCUGCAGGCUGUGAUUCAAUUAAUGGCUCACUUCAAGUCAUAUCGCUCCAUCGACCAGAUUGCUAUGUUGAGUCGGAAUGUUGCAGAUAUACAACGCGAUCUCCAAGAGCAGGUUUGUGAGGAUUUCGAGAUUGCCUUUGCAAAGGGUGAAGUAGGCUCCAAGCGAGCGAUGCUCGCAGAGGCGUGUCUGGUCGCAGAUGCCUUGGGUGAUCAUGCACGGUCUCGUUUGAUGACUUGGUAUUGCAAUACGCAGCUCCGUGAGUACCGGCAGGUCUUCCGGAACAACGAAGAGGCUGGAUCCUUGGAUAACAUUUCCCGCCGUUAUUCGUGGUUCAAACGCAUAUUGAAGAUUUAUGAUGAGGAGAAUGCGGCCAUUUUCCCGGCUUCGUGGCGGGUGAAUGAAAUUCUUGCCAAUGUUUUCUGUGAGGGCACACGGGAUGACUUCAAGGGCAUCUUGUCUCGAUCUGUGCGCAGUGGACAGAAUCUUGAUGUCAAUUUGCUGCUUUCAUGUUUGCAGGAGACACUCGACUUUGAGCAUUCUCUUGAGCGUCGCUUUUCCCCUGCGUCGCGUGCUUCUACCGACACUUUUACUUCUACUGAGCCGCCAGUGUUUAGCCAGUCUAUCUCCGAGGCAUUUGAGCCAUAUCUCAGUGUCUGGGUUGAGGCCCAGGAUAAGCAGCUCGCAGCAUUGCUCCCCAAGUACCGGCAGCAACCCCUUAAAGUUCCAGACGAAGAAUUCAACUCCCACAUUGUCAUAUCAUCCUCGACUGAACUGUUUACAUUCUAUAGGCAUGCUUUGCAGCAGUGUGCCAAACUCUCAACUGGCGGCAGUCUGGCAGAGCUCGCAAAGGUAUUUGCAAAAUAUCUAGACCAGUAUGCGCAGCAGGUCCUUCUCAACUAUAUAAGUGAGCGGCCCACGGGCCACACGCCCUCUCGGGUUCCCACGAUAGAGGAGUUGGUCUCAGUUUUGAACACGGCAGAUUACUGCUACACAACCUGCACUCAGCUGGAAGAGAAGAUCAGGGGCAGGUUAGAUGAGAAUCUGAAGCAAUCUGUUGAUCUGCAAAGCCAAGCGGAUUCAUUUAUGGGGAUUGCUUCCGCUGCUGUACGGGGUCUGGUUCGUCAAGUCGAGGUCCAGCUUGAACCAUCCUGGCGAGAGAUGCGUAACACGCCAUGGGCCAAGAUCGAGGCUGUCAGCGAUCAGAGCUCGUACGUUGCUGAAAUGCUUUCUCACACGAAAGAUAAAGCAUCGGAAAUCCUGCAGCUGUUGCAUAAGCAGCAAUAUGCUCGUGCGUUCUCUGAUCAUUUGGUGGAACUCAUGUCAAGCCAGUUCAUUAGCAAUGUCUUCCAAUGCAAGCCUGUAUCGGAAACUGGCGCUGAACAGAUGCUCCUCGACUCUUACACCCUCAAGAGCGGUCUUUCAUCUCUUCUUCCUGCCCCCGCCCCAACUGGCUUCGUGAAGCGCGUAAACACAAGCUUCUUCAAGAUCGAAACCCUCCUCAAAACUCUCCAGGUCCGCCCCUCACCACCAGAAGCUCUAGUCCAAGCAUACCUAAUCCACAUCGCGGACCGAAAUAACAACAACUUCCGCAAAAUUCUCGAUCUAAAAGGCAUUCGCAGCCGCCAAGAACAAAACCACCUUGUGGAACUAUUCCAGCUCCACCGCGCCUCAGACCGCUACGCCUCCAGCCUCCAGCCCAACAACCCCAUCCUCGCUGCCCUUCAAGGGCCCACGACCACCGGCACGACCUCUGUAUCUCAAGGCCUAGGACUCGGCAGCGCCAGCUCAGCGAUGCCAUCCCGCUUCGAUGCCUCUAUGCUUGGCUCGGCAAUUAUCUCCGCAGCAAAGGAUGGCGUCGACCGCUUCGGGAAUCCUAGUCUGACGACCCUCAGCGCUGCAGGAGCCCCAGCCUCUGGAUCGGGCGUCACCAGUCCAUCCGGCACCUCUUCCCCAGCUCCCGCCGGAUCAAUGCUCCAGCCUAAUAAUGUGCAGAACUCUGAAGGGACACCCGGAGGUAAUCUCAAUGAGAACCUAAAGAAUAUUGGGAAAUUCUUCCGUCGUGACCUGGGUGGAUUUGGUGGGAGGUUUGGUCGGAGUGCUGAAGAUGGAGCUUAG